AUGGCUUCCUAUAAGUCACAAUACCCUCCACCAAAGAGGGUCGAGGACCGAACAACCACUACUCGCCUACCCCAACGAUCCGUUACUCCUACCACAGGCCCGUCGCAGUUACCCGCCCCAACUCAGUCCAAGUUGCAAAAGAGGAGGCCUUCAAGAGAUGAUGAGGCGCAACAUAGAGGCCCUAUAAGCCAAGCAGGAUCGGGUUCUACAUUGAGUUCACGCCAAAGAACUACCAGCCGCUCCACGCCUAUGUUCCCCCAACACCCGAACGCCACCAGCUCAAAACCUACCUCUCAGACGUCGACAUCUCGCCUUCCCAAGCUCGAGGUCCCCCAAAGUAUACGCACCCCUUCGCUCGCGUCAGGAUCCUCGGCGUCGACUAUUGAGAGUCCUCGAUCGAAUGUACUACGAAGAAAGCAAACAAGUGUUGGAAGCGCAAGUGGUCGACAGGCAACGCGGAUAAGGGACGACUCCAUGUCAUCUCAAGACGAUGCACAGUUGAUGGAGGGCAUACCUGGCGGCUACAAGGACCCAUUCUCUGAGACUGUUCUAGGAAUCUCAAUACCACCAUCUUCAACCAUCCUCGCCCGUUCGGAGCACCAGGUCGAACCGUACAUCCAUCCGCUGUACGAUUGCGAGAUUGGGCCCACCGAUGUACUCCGUAUCCCGGCUGCACAAUAUGCACUCUCCGCCACCCCAUCAACGCGUUACUCAGAAUCUCCCGGACCUUUUAGUGUUUCGUCAACCCCUACUUCCAUGUCAUCUUACUCACCAGGGACGACGCUGUCAAGGGCUUCGAAUCGAACACGACAGGUCAGUCCUUUACAGAGCAGGCCCCCUGUCACCCGACACAAGACUCCUGAUGAAUCCAACAAUCGCCACCCUCACGCACUAUUCACUGUCAGAGAGUCUUCUACAUCCUCGUCAUCGGCCUCUACCGUCAUCACCGAAGGCGCGAAGCACACGGAUAAGCCGUCGCCUGACGGACUAGCCACUCUCCCUCAGAGUCCUCGAGUAUCCGAAGUGAUCCCAAGUGCAAGCGAAAAGCCCCAAGUCCAAGCUCCUCCAGAAUUUGCUCACCUUGCUAAUCAAUCACCUGUUACAAUGCCAUCGGGGAGACGGCCAUCGAGGCCCAGCAGGGACGGUACCCCGGAACUCUCAGGACUCCGAGGCCCGUCGCCAGUCAUCCAGAGCAACAUGGUCAACUUCCCAUCUUACCACAAGCGGAAUGCUUCAUCCGAGUCCAAGACGGCGCCACCCACUACGAGAUCCAAGAUGAGCAUUUCAACAAAACCAUCGUCACGCCUUCCCUCGCCGAACCCCUCAUCAGCAGUACCGCCAGCCACUCGACCAGCAGUGCGUGGAACAACCCCAGAUCUCCAGCCCGAUCGUAGCGCGCGAAGAGUCAGCAGUGGACCAGCACCAGCACCCAGCCCGAAUAAAACCUCCAGAUUUGGCUUUUUUACCCGCCGUACAAAGACUGAGCCCGCCGUUCACCAAAAGUCAGAGGGUAAACUACACCGCAGAGGGCCGGCUGCAGGUACUGGCCACGAAGGCUAUGGACGCUACGCUGGCAGAGGUCGAAGUGGAAGUUCGCUCAGUGCCAAUAGCAUCGGACGUUCCGUCAGUGCGGGCACUACUUCUGAGAGUCUGGACAAGACACCUUCGACCCGCAAAAGCAGCAUGACCAGCACGACAAGUGGCGAGAUGGACGACUUUUUCUUGAACCGACUUGCCCCCGUAGUCAUUCGUGGUGCAGGAAGCAGCACAGAGCUCUCGCGUAGCCCAGAACCGAUGCAGAGUAGCAGCAGUCUCGAUGUAUCUGUGAAACAGGCAGUGGAAACGAAGAAGGAGAGCAGUCUGUCGCAGUCGGCAUUGGAGAAGAACCGACCAGUGCUGUUGCCUUCUGCAAUGCCCGAUAACAUGCGUAGUGCAUCUCCUAUGAAGAAGCUGGCGAUGGGGCUGCAAAGGCCUUCAGAAAGCGAUGACGACACGGCAAAGCGAACAUCACGAGCGUUGCAAAAUGCACAAGGUCCUGCUGGCUCUGCUUCGGGCAACCGCGCACCAACAAAGACACGCAAGAACUCUAUUAGUGAAGCUGCAGCCGAGAUCAGAGAGGGCAUGUGGUUAAAAUCAUCGAAGAAGAACAAGGCUGAGAAGGAGGCCCCGAAGCCAUCCAAGAGGUGGAACUUCUUUCAGCGCGCCCACGCAGGGCCACGUGCAGCCACGCCAGCUGGGCCUGCAGCCAGCCCUAGCAACAAGACAGUUGGCUCUCGCUCCGUUGCACACUAUGCACUGUUGGAUCAGUCGGGCCUUGGGCUGGACGACAUUGAGCAGCUGAUGCACGAAGCCGACGAAGGGACCGAAAGCGCUCUCUCUGAUGAUGAGCCCGGGCGGAGGGAACGAAUGCAAUCGAUGCUGCUGCCACCAAUGCCAAUUCUCGAGCCCAGCAUUGGACAAAUGGCCCGCCCGGCCUCACCCAAGGUUUUCCUACGCCCAGAGGCCAACCAGCAGCCCGAAGAGCAGCGAAGCAAGCUGACCAUUGAUACCAACGUGCACGCGUCCUACAAUCCCGAGCGUCAAUCGCUGGCAGACCUUACUCCCGUCACGGACCUCUCCCGACCUUCGUCUUUCUUCGGGCAGCCAUCUCUGGUGCAAGACGAAGAGGUUGCGCCGUUGCAGAAUGCCGCAUUUACUUCGCCAAUGCCCGAGCAUGAACCUGAGCCUGAACCAGCAAGCUUCGCGCCAAGUCAAGAGAUGUACGGUCUACCUCAAGAUAUCCCCUCGCCUGGCCCGCCACCUGUAAGCCCGCCACCUCGACCAAGUCGCCUGCCUCAAGUCGGCCGCAUCCCUCAAGUUGUCUCCAGUCGCCGCCAGCCGGGUCGCCCGUCUUCUCGAUCCUUCUCCCGCCCUUUUGUCCCAACCCAGCCUCGUCCAACGGCUCUUCCGCGGACGUCGUUUGAUUCCAUCGGCUCCAUGGUUGCAACCGUCGGUCCGGUUGAGCCGUAUCCUAUCCUUCAUGGACUGAGCGCCCUUGCUCAUGGAUCGGCAAUUGUGACUAUGAGCCCCGAAGAGGACGAGGCCAAUCGCCGAAGCGAGUUCUUCAAGUUUCCACCUCGCAAGGAUUCCGAAGUAUCAUACUCGAGUAGCUCGGGCAUCUGGAGUUUUGCCCCAGCUGCAAGCACUGCCGUAGUACCCAGUCCCGGAGCACCGCUUUCAGAAGACGAGCUUUGGAAUGAGUAUGACGAUUUGAUCGACGAAGUUCUCUCGCCUGUCGAUUCCGGCACUGCCGAGGACAGGAAGAGCUUUCGCAGCCAUCCGUCUCUGGAGCCAAUGCCCCUGAGACCCAAUGCGCCAGUCAAUGCGCCAGGGUCCGAUCACGGCGACGAUACCGAUGCCUCGUACCCAUCUCUGCAUCUUCGUCGCUCCCGUCUGCUCGCUGUGCUGCAUUCCAACCAGUCUCCUGCCUCUUCCAUGUCUCUCUCGGAUUUCAUCUCAGACUACGGUGAGCGUAAGAUUAGUGUCGUCGAUCCCGUCACCGGAAGACUUAGCCUGCCUGCUAGCCCUCGUCUUUCGACUGGAUCCACUGCAAAACGCUCCACUCGCUCUAGCCUGCCAGCCUCCCUACCGCAGAGUGCACGACAGUCGAGAGGGACUAUCGCCUCCAAGUCGAGCAAGGACCGUGACAGCGCAACUGCGAGCCGGUACAGAGACACGCAGUUGAAGAACAUCACCGAGAAUCAAACUGAGGGUCUUUUGUCCAUGGCCAAUCUCCGCUUUGGCGCUCUCAUGACAAGCAAGUGGCUGUCAUUCGGUCGGGUCCUGUUUAGCCCGGUUCACUUUGAGCUCAAAGACCCCAAAGAAGACCGGGUUCUGGUCAUUGAUGGGCUCGGCAAAGACUGGUCUUACUACUGCGCAUUGACCUAUCCUGAAGCGACUGUAUACGAUAUGGGACCUGACCCUUCCACGCCGUCCGAGGGUGCGGCUGAGGCUUGGUCGACGCUCAGUAACCACCGCCACAUCUGUCACCCCUCGCUGAGCAAGGCCUUCCCAUUCCCCAUGCACUUCUUCGCGUGCGUGGUGCUUCGAUUUCCGACUGCACUUCCUUCCUCGGAACACCAUUUCAUCCUCUCUGAAGCCAAGCGUGUCUUGCGACCUAGUGGCUAUCUUGAGUUCAGCGUGCUUGAUAUGGAUCUCGUCAACAUGGGCAACCGAGCUCGCCGUGCCGUUCGCGGCUUGAAGAUGAGGUUGCAGGUAGCCGACGAGAACAUUUCACUUCGCAACAUCAGCGACGAGGUCAUGGCUGGCAUUGGCCGUAAAGGCUUUGUCGAGUGCAACCGCUGCGUUGUGGGUGUGCCUGUUGCCGGCCAGCUUCCUGGGCUCGAAGAUAUCACGGGCAUGCCUACCAAGAAAAGCGCAAACAUGACAACCAACACCAUGGCACAGCCUAAAGGAUCCACUCCCGGUAUAUCCUUUUCCGAUCUCCUCAACGAUUCUUCAUCAGAGUCGGCCAACAACGACAUUACCGAUAUGGUAGCGCGCGUUGGUCGCUGGUGGUACUCGCGUUGCUACGAAUCGCUUGUUCUACCCGAGGCCGGAGAGCCCGGCGCCGCGUUUUCUGGAGACAUGUUCGAAAACAGCAUCUGGCGCGACGAAAGCCUCAUCCACGAGUGCGAGAAGCGUGGCACCAGCUUCAAGCUUCUCAUUGGCUAUGCGCAAAAGCCUGAGAUGGGCGUCCGACGCACUGUCAGCGUGUAG